UGUCUUGACAUUUCCACUAACUUUUCUUGCCAAAGGGUAACACUUUCGUUAUCCUCCUUAACUACCGUCACUGCCGCCACCGGAAAAUGUUUUUCCAGGCGACCCGCUUUAUUUCAUUCUUUUUACUUUACCUUCUCUUAUCCCCUUGCCUUUCCUUUUCCUUUCCCUUUCACCACAAGCGCGGCAAGCAUCACAAAAUUGAUGGACCCAUCAAAACUCUUGUCGUUCUGGUCAUGGAAAACCGGUCUUUUGAUCACAUCCUAGGUUGGCUCCAAAAGAUCCGACCCGACAUGGAUGGGCUGAAUGGGUCCGAGUUUAACAGAGUGAAUGCCUCAGACCCUUCUUCCUCAAAAAUCUUCGUCUCGGAUGAUGCUGUCUUCGUUGACUCGGACCCGGGUCACUCCAUUCAAGCUAUCCGGGAACAGAUAUUCGGGUCGAAUGAUUCGUCCACCACAAACCCGGCUCCGAUGAACGGGUUCGUACAACAGGCUCUAAAUAUGGGUGUUCCUGGUAUGGAGCGAACCGUUAUGAGCGGGUUUAAACCGGAUUUAUUACCGGUUUACACCGAGUUAGCCAACGAGUUUGGUGUUUUUGACCGGUGGUUUGCGUCAGUUCCAGCUUCAACUCAGCCAAACCGGUUAUACGUUCAUUCAGCAACUUCUCACGGAGCUUCCAGUAAUGUCCGUAGAGACUUAAUUCAUGGGUUCCCUCAAAAGACCAUUUUCGAUUCUUUGGACGAAAAUGGCCUUUCAUUUGGAAUUUAUUACCAAAACAUCCCAGCUACUUUGUUUUACAAGUCAUUGAGAAAACUCAAACAUAUAUUUAAGUUCCACAGUUAUGCGUUGAAGUUUAAAUUCCAUGCUAAACUUGGGAAACUACCAAAUUACGUGGUGAUUGAGCAGAGAUACUUUGAUGUUAAAGUGGACCCAGCAAAUGAUGAUCAUCCAUCACAUGAUGUUGGACUUGGACAAAAAUUUGUGAAGGAGGUUUAUGAGACGUUGAGGGCAAGUCCACAGUGGAAAGAAAUGGCAUUGUUGAUUACGUAUGAUGAACAUGGUGGUUUCUUUGAUCAUGUACCAACUCCUGUUUCUGGGGUGCCUAAUCCUGAUGGGAUCAUUGGUCCUCCACCAUAUUAUUUCAGAUUUGACCGCUUGGGUGUACGUGUCCCUGCUUUCUUAAUUUCACCAUGGAUUGACAAGGCCACUGUGAUCCAUGAGCCAACUGGUCCAAAGCCAUCUUCACAGUUUGAGCACUCUUCCGUUCCAGCGACUGUAAAAAAACUUUUUAAUCUGAAAUCAAGUUUCUUAACCAAGCGAGACACAUGGGCUGGGAGCUUCGAGAACUAUUUCCGCCUGCGUAAGACUCCUCGUAAUGAUUGUCCAGAGAAACUUGCCGAGGUGAAGAUAAAUCUGAGACCAUGGGGACCAAGAGAAGAUGUAAAACUGUCUGAAUUUCAAAUAGAAAUGAUCCAGCUUGCUUCACAGCUUAAUGGUGAUCAUGUUCUCAAAAGCUACCCUGAUAUUGGACGGAACAUGAAUGUCGGUGAAGCUAAUCAAUACGUAGAGGAUGCAGUCAACAGGUUCUUGGAAGCUGGUAGGGCUGCUCUGAGAGCUGGAGCAAAUGAGUCUGCCAUUGUUGCAAUGAGACCUGCCCUCACUAGCCGACCAUCAGAUGGAGGAUUUAACAAGUACCUGGAACCCUACUAAACUAAUCUAUUAUUGUAACUACUGCCUGUAUAUAAUAUAUGUUGUUGUAAUCCACGUUCUUAUAUUUUGAACAAAAACUUAUUGUUACCCAUCAAUUGUGUCCUUCCAAGGACAAAUUAUAGAUUAUAUGCAGUCUUGAGAGUA